UGCCGCUUGGCAAAAAUCAUUAGUUUGUAGAUUUUGAGCGAAUUGUAGUUGUUAAAUAUUGAUAUUAUUGUCUUGUUUGCUAAUAAAAAGCAGAUAUUGUUACUAACUGUAUAAAAAAAUCCAAUAACAAUGCCGAGUCAAGAAGUUUUAACCACAAAAGUUGUGGUUCAUCCUCUGGUCUUGCUGAGUGUGGUGGACCAUUUUAAUCGAAUGGGUAAAAUAGGUAAUCAAAAGCGAGUUGUUGGCGUUUUGCUGGGUUGCUGGAGGGCCAAAGGAGUCUUGGACGUUUCCAACAGUUUUGCAGUGCCAUUUGAUGAAGAUGACAAAGACAAAUCUGUUUGGUUCCUUGACCAUGAUUACUUAGAGAACAUGUAUGGAAUGUUCAAGAAGGUCAAUGCUAGGGAAAAGGUGGUGGGCUGGUACCACACUGGCCCCAAACUACAUCAGAAUGAUGUAGCCAUCAAUGAACUGAUCAGGCGCUACUGUCCUAACUCAGUCCUUGUCAUCAUUGAUGCCAAACCAAAAGAUCUUGGCCUUCCGACUGAAGCCUACCAAGCUGUAGAAGAGGUCCAUGAUGAUGGUUCACCAACAACAAGAACAUUUGAACAUGUGCCCAGUGAAAUAGGUGCUGAAGAGGCUGAGGAAGUUGGAGUAGAACAUUUACUAAGAGACAUCAAGGAUACCACGGUUGGAAGUCUGUCUCAAAGAAUCACAAACCAGUUGCUUGGCCUGAAAGGUCUGCACUCCCAACUGAGUGAAAUCAGGGACUAUCUUGUCCAAGUAGGACAAGGCUCCUUGCCAAUGAACCAUCAGAUCAUCUACCAGUUGCAGGACAUCUUUAAUCUUCUGCCGGACAUAGCUAAUGAUAGCUUUAUUGAUAACCUAUACAUCAAAACAAAUGACCAAUCUCUUGUGGUGUACUUAGCUGCUCUUGUAAGGUCAAUUAUUGCUCUACACAAUCUGAUCAACAAUAAGAUAACAAACAGAGAUGCAGAAGAAGGAAAGAAAGAUGAAAAAGAAAAGAAAGAUAAGGAAAAGAAAGAAGGUAAGGAUGGCAAGGAGGAGGACAAGAAGGACGAUAAAACAAAAGAUAAGAAAGAAAAAGAUGAAAAGAAAAAGUAAUUUAGAAUCGUCAUUAGAAUAAGUUGUUUGUAAUGCUGAAUUAUUUUUAAAUAAAUUGU